AUAAAAGCUGCACCCACUGAGUUGGUUCUCCAGAAGCAGCGCACACAAACACACCCAAGAAACACCUGAGGGACUGUGCAGCUCUGCUAUCAAGUGCGCGAUGGCACCUCCUCCCACGAGAACGAGAUGAGCAGGUCGGAGUCGGCGCCGGGGGCAGCACCGGCGGUGGUGGUGAAGACGGUGGACCUGCAAACGGCGGCGACACCGGACGUGGGGGCAACGACGGUGGACGUGCAGACGACGGUGGCACCGGACGUGGGGGUGACGACGGUGGACGUGCAAAUGGCGGCGGCACGGGCCGUGGCGGUGACGACGGUGGACGUGCAGACGGCGGCGAGGGAGCUCCAGGAGCAGCAGGACGGCAUGAUGUACCUGGACGUGAGGACGGAGGAGGAGAUGGGGAAGGGCCACAUCCGCGGCUCCCUCAACGUCCCCUACUUCUUCGUCACGCCACAAGGGACCCGGGAGAAGAACCCACGGUUCGUGGAGCAGGUCGCCUCGCUCUUCAGCACAGACCAACACAUACUCGUCUUGUACUACUAUACUACUACCACUAAUCAUCCAUGGAUGGAGGAGCAGGGGUGUCAGAGCGGCAAGAGGUCCGAGCUUGCCUGCAUCGAUCUUCUAGCAGCUGGAUUCAUGAAUGUGAAGAACGUGGGAGGAGGCUACGCUGCAUGGCUGCACAACGGACUCCCAGUGACAGUAGCAGUCCCCACGCCGCCACCAACACCUGAAUCUGCUGCAGCAAUCUGAAACAACUACGUACAUUAGUACGUAGUACUAUCUGCAUCUAUCAAUUCUUGAGCCACCGGUGCUUUGUUGUGCUCUGCCUGUGUAAUGCAUCUAUGAAUGUAAGUCCAAGUGAAUGGAUGAACGGCUGUAAUAAUAAAACACAUCAGUGUGCCUGCCACAGUAAGCGGCUCAUGCUAGACAGCAGCAUGACUUCUACUCCCUCCGUUCCAUAAUAUAAGACGUUUUUUAUAGUAAUGUAGUAUAAAAAAGGUCUUACAUUAUGGGGCAGAGAGAGUAUAAGUCUUUGUAGACAUUAUCAUGGACCACACACGGAUGUAUAUAGAUGUAUUUCAGAGUGUA